GCUCUUGGUGGUGGGUUGAGACAAGCCGGUGUCAUAGCUGCCCCCAUGUUAGUUGCCCUUGAGGACAUGGUGCCAAGACUUUGGGAAGACCAUGAUAAAGCAUACAGGAUUGCCCAGGGUAAGUUAAAGAGUAAAUUUUGAAGAUAAGUCCCGCCCCCCCCCCUGCCCCCCCUUAGAUAGGUAGAUCAUUCUUUGGAAGGUUAAAAAAAACAAACUUAUUUAAAAAAAAAAAAGAACAUUAUUUUUGUUCCUCAGUUUAGAGUGAGCUAGAAAUACACAAAGAGUAGACUCUAUGAGGAUGCAUCAGUGUUGGCCAAUCUUGUUUGGUUUUUAUAAUGCAUGAAUUCCUUACAAUGCAAAAAUUAUUAUUAUUAUUAUAAGUGGUUUUAUAUAGUGUGGUACCCCAGCCUAGGGCUGGGCUCCCCACGCUGUGCAUACAAUUUAACAAACAUAAUCAAGAACUUAAAAAAUAAAUUAACAUACAUUGAUUAAAUUUAAAAAAACAAAUGUAAAUUAACAUACCUUCUUUCUAUUGGUUCAUUGGCAAUGUGUUAAGUGCUCAUCUUGGCACUCAAUACAAAAAUGCAUUGAACUUUUUAAUCGAUUUUCAAAAAAAAUCAGUUUUGAACAGACAUGGAAAAAUAACAUCUGAAAAGAAAAUUUAAACAAUGAUUAAUCAGCAAUUAAUUUCUAAUAAUGUUUUUUUUAUUUUUGGUAUGGAGUACGGAUGUUAGAGCUGACAAUUAUUAUUAUACUAUACAUUUUUUAAAUUACUACAUUUUGGUUCAACUAAAUGCAGAAUAAUUUACAAUAUGCACAAGAUUAAUAGUUACUCCAUGGAUGAAACAUUACACACAGUUAAGUUUAGUGCUGCAUGUGCGUGACCAUGGCGAUGGUGUGAUAAUUGAUGCUUUUACGGUUUUUACAUCUAAAUUGUAUGUUUUUCUUGAGAUGCAUUGUUGUGUAUUUGGUCAUUAAAAAAAGAAAAAAAGGUACCCUCCAAAAUCAUUUUUCAAUGUUUAUGAAAUAAAGAAUAACCAAGGAUACAGCAACUGGCUGGCCAAAAUGUGAAAAGCUUUUGGACACAUUUCUGAGGUCUUAGGUGACCACCAUCUUUUUGAGACAUCAAUUUGCUUCAUGCGUUAUAAAGAAAUUAAUAACGAAAUAUACAUUUCAUCAGUUCAUUUAAAUCGUUUCAUGAAAACACUCCAAUAAAUCUAUUCGUACCCUUCAAUCUAGGUAUUGAUGGUAUGAAAGGCAACUCUGUGUGCAGCGUCGACUUGGCGGGCGUCCAUUC